UCAAAAACAGCUGAAAACUGAACAGCGAAAUUUUUGUAUUUUGCGAUGGUCAUUUCUGCUCAUUUGUACAAAUAAAAAUCGAAAGAAAGAAAAUUAAUUUUUCUCGUUAAAACUCAUAUCAAAAGCCUUGGUGAUAAAAUACACCACUUGUUCAAAUACUUUGAAAUGGCAAUACAAAUACUGUAUCACAAAGUCUUAUCAACUUCCAGCAAAUAAAAUUGGAUACAUUUUUGAUUGUUACAUUUCUAUAGGUUGUUUAUUAGAAAGCGGAAGUAACACAAUUUUUUAUUUUUGUUUUGAUCAUACUUUAUUUAAAGAAAAAUUUAUAAUGGGUGGAAUAGUAUGGCGGGAAUUAUUCCCAACAAAAUUAACAUGUUUAAUUUUCAUAUUUUACAUGUCUUUAUUCAUAAGCCAAGGCAUUUUGGUGACGGCAUCUCAAGAAUCAAAUAACUCUUAUAGCUAUAAUACCGUGACAGUGGUGCUGUUGACCGAAGUCUUGAAAUUAGUUGUUUCCACUGGAUUGUAUUGUAGAGAGAAUACAAUAGAUUCAUUAAUAAAAGACAUUAAAAGGCAUUCCAAUGUGAUGAUGUUGUACUUUGUGCCGGCAUUUUUAUACUGCUUGUACAAUAAUUUAGCUUUUGUAAAUCUAUCAACGUUCGACCCAACAACUUAUUAUCUACUUUUGCAAUUGCGAGUUGUUAUAACAGGCAUAUUGUUUCAGAUAAUAUUUAAAAAAUAUCUAACAAAACGACAAUGGAUCUCCCUUAUAAUUCUGACAGUGGGUUGCAUGCUCAAACAAUUCAAUUUCAACAUAAGUAGUCCAUUCAACUCUAACUCCCCGCACAACACUACCAUACCAUCAACUAAUCUAAACUCAGAGGAAUCCUCAUCAAUUAUAUCCCGCAAAAAUAUAACCGGUUUUGACCUUAGCAUAAGUGCCGUUUGGAUUCUAGUUCAAACAAUAUGUUCCUGUCUAGCUGGCGUGUACAAUGAAUACUUACUCAAAGACAAGGGUGCAGAAGUUAACAUCUUCGUUCAGAAUGUAUUUAUGUACUUUGAUUCCAUCGCUUGCAAUGCUGCUAUUCUAAUUCUACGCGGCGAAUUACUUGAUGCGUUUACACUAACCAACAUACAGUCAGUGUUUCGAUUUAGUGUAAUAGCAAUUAUCAUCAAUAAUGCAGCCAUUGGAAUCGUAACGAGUUUCUUCCUCAAAUACAUGAACUCAAUACUUAAGACCUUCGCUAGCGCCUUAGAACUCUUAUUUACUGCAGUAUUAUGUUAUUUCCUGUUCGCAAUACCCAUCUACAUAAACACAGCUCUGGCCAUAGCUGUUGUUUCUUUUGCCAUUUAUUUGUAUUCACAAAGUCCAGUAGUGAAUCUGGGCAAGGUUGUUCGACAACAAGGUUCAUUGGAAGCAAAUUCAAUGGCCAGUCGCAAAUUGCUAGAUUCCGAUACUGAACUGGAGAUGGAAGCAGUUUAAGAUUUUAUUUAUUUACUUACAAUACGUCUAUACUACUUAACCAAAUGAUGUUUCAUAAAAUAAAACAAGUUUAUUUUUUUUAUAGAAAAAAAAUAUUAUUUAUUUAUUUUUUGAA